AUGAUCUUUCGCAAUCCUGCAAAGCGCAACAAAACAAUAAUUUUGAUUCUAAUCGGGGUUUAUUUCCAGCAUACCCUGCAGAAAGUUUGGUCAAGGGCCAAUACAAUAGGUAUCGGGAAGGGAUCUGAGGCAGUUGAGAAGAAGCAACACUCUGCCAGUGAGGUUUGGAGCACCAAACCUAGAGUUCAUGGAGAUGGAUACCUUUAUGAUGUUGGUGUGCACAUAUGGUUGCAGUACAACUAUGUCCGAACAUCGAAGAAUCCAAGAGUUAGUUCUGAUUUGGUGUUAAGUGCUAUAUCUGAAAUUGUGAGGGACAAGUUGUUGACUUGGUUGUGUGAGGUGGUGACUAUUUUGAAGAGGGAUUAUGGGCUAGAUGUGAGUUACCACAUGGUAUGGUUGGGCAUGGAGAAAACAAAGGCUGUUAUUCAUGGAGCUCACUCAUUAUCGUUUGACCAGCUACGGUGGUAUUCGGAUGCUGUGAUGCGUUAUAAUUCGGGAAGUUAUGUCAAUAUUGACUAUGAUGCAAAUGAAAUAUUCCUUAAAGGAAAGUACAAAGGUCAGCUACUUGCGACAAUGGCGAAAGAUGGAAACAAUGAAGCGAUGCCGAAGGUGUUCCCAUCUGCUUACCACGGUUAUUGCUUACAACACUUGAAGAACAACUUAAGAGACCAGAUCAAGGUAAUUGAUAAUGGAUCUAGGGACCACCUCGUUAGUAGUUUGGGUGACUAUGCUUACGAGCCAACUGUGGUAGGGUUCCAUGAAAAGCUUGAGAAAUUAAAAGAAGAGGGUUCAAAGAAAUUUAAUCUAAUAUUGUACAAUGUUUGUGAUGUUGUGCAAGGGCAUGCGUUAUGGGGAGAUGACAUCCCGAAGUUAUUUAAUAAUUGGAUUAAAGAAGUACACAAUCUUCCUAUUACUCAAAUGGUGGACACAAUUCGUACUCAGUUGAUGCAGCAAAUGUCUGCGCGACGUGACCAAGCAAAUAAGUGGAAUGAGCUUAUUUGUCCUACAUUCGAAACAAUGCUUCUUGAUUCGUUCAAUGACAGCAGGUCUUGGCAGGUGAGCAAAGCCAAUGAGGAUGUGUUUGAGGUUCAUUCUAUACCAUCUGUUACAGUUGAUAUUGCAAGGCGUAUGUGUUCUUGCUUCAAAUGGCAAAUUAACGGAUUUCCAUGUAACCAUGCUGUUGUUGCUAUUCAGAAGAGCCGCUACAAUCUCAAUGAUUGUGUGGAACAUUUCUUUCAUGUAGAGAUGUAUCGUGUAGCCUAUUCGGGUGCCAUAUUCCCUAUACUGUGGGUGGAAAAACCGCUUUUUGAUCCCACAAACUUCACUAUAUGCCCACCAACUGUGAAAAGACCACCUGACAGGCCGCAAAAGAAUAGAAUCCCAUCAAGGGGUGAGAAAUUAAAGCAAAUAAGGUGCGGGAGAUGUGAUAAGUUGGGAAAUCACAAUCAGAAAUCAUGCAAGGAGCCGAUAUAG